AUGACCGGCCCCAAUGCCGCUGAACAGUCGCAAGAGGCGAGGAGGAUGCCACUUCAUCGUCAGUCUCAGGCUCUGCCUCCUCAAACUCCACCUCAACUUGGCGUCUACGGAUCUGGAGUCAGUCCUGCAGAACGCUUCUUCGACCAUGAGAGCGCGGCUGCCAAUAUCCAAGCACAAAACGCGCUGCGGUGUCGCAUGCUCGCUCAGCAGGAACGCCAGCAACGCCUAGCACGUAGACAGGCCGUUCGCAACGACCGUGCGACCAGGGGCGCUCCAACGGUGAUGACGCCUUUGCAGCAGAUGAGCACAGCCGGAAUCGUCUACGAUACGCAGACAGUGGCUCCACAGCAGCGAUGGGCGCAACAAGAGAUAAUCAGCCAUCCGAGGCAGAUGUCGAGCGGCCGCAUUAACGACAGAAUCAACGUGGCUCAAAUGCAGUUCUUCUCGCAGCCCAUGCAUGCCAACCUUGGUCCCCAAAGCCGUCCUUCGCCACCUCCUUUUACUUUUGUUCCUGUUCAUUUUCCUCGUACUCCUCCGACGACGAUACUUGGUUCACGUCGGCUCCAGCGCCACUAUGCCACCCACUUGAACGAAGUAAACGCACCCUCUCUAACUGAUCUUAGCUCCGGAAACGAGGGUACUGCCUCGUCGGUAGACUGUGGUACUGAAGAAGCACUUACUGUCCCGACUGCGCAACCUUCGCCUGUCCCCUUGCAAAUAAAGAGCGCAUAUGCCAGCUCACAGCCUCCACUCAAGUCUAUACGUCUGCUAAAGUUGGUUCCUCCCGAUUGGCCUGACUCGGUCACGAGUGACGAUCAAGCUCUUGCAAGCUACAGCUUAGAGACCCUUCCUUAUGUCGACCAUCCGGACUACUUGGCCUUGUCUUAUGCAUGGGGUGAUGAGCAGCUUACCAGCUCGAUCCUCGUGAAUGGGAAGCCCGUCAACAUCCGGGAAAACUUCAGCAAUGCGCUGACGUAUUUGAGAGAGUCGGAUCCGGGGAUGUAUUUGUGGGCAGAUGCCAUUUGCAUAAACCAAGAAGACGAUCGGGAGAAAUCUCAACUUGUCCAGCACAUGGGGGAAAUCUUCGCAAAUGCGUCGAAAGUGUACGCUUGGCUUGGGCCGAACGAGCACGCGACGGACGAAACCUCGAGCGAUGGUCUACUCUUGCACCUCUCCGAUUUGGCAGCUCUGUUCUGGAAGCACGCUGGCCCCAUGAGGUCUGGGAAGCUCAACGAGCACUCACUCGAGCUAGAUCAGAUCCUCGCCGGCUGUCUGUCUGACGUCCACUCAAAGUUCGAGUCCCCUCCUAGCCAGGGCGGAUUUCCCACGGGGGAGUAUUCGGCGUUCUCGGCAAGGCCAUUCUGGCAACGCAUCUGGGUUCUUCAGGAGGUCUACUUGGCGAAAGAUCUUCACUUCAUAUGCGGCAGACGCCGUAUGUUGUCCAAAGACCUGGCUGGCGCGCUGAUACUGCUCGAGACCUUCCAGAAACAUCUCAUUAGCACGCACCAACUCUCGCGAGGAGUUGUUGAGAUUAAUCCACAUCUCCAUGAAUUUGCCUACGGUUUUCCCUCCUUCCCAGAAAUGCACCGCCUCAUCGUUUACACUUCGAUAUAUCCUCCCGAUGUCAUAUCACUCCGCAUUGCCAUGACGAACUUCUGUGUCAAGGAGUUACCGAGGGGCUCCAGGAGCACCGACCCGAGAGACAUGAUCUACGGGCUCCUCGGCUUCGCCACUACUAGCGAGAGGUCUUAUAUCAAAGCAGACUACAGUCUAGACGCUCAGAAGACGUACACAGCUGUCACGCGCUCCAUGAUCGAGAACGGGUUUACAGAUAUCCUGGCAUGGUCGCAGCCCGAGACUAAGGUCACCGCGAAUCUUCCUAGCUGGGUGCCCGACUUCUCUGCGACCAUAUACGAAAGCCUAUGUAGCCAAGGGCAGGCGAAAGCGUGGCUGCCAAAGUUCAACGCGUGCGGAACAACCCAUCUUCCUAGCAAGACUCCGGGACCCCCUCACGAUGCGAUACUGUGCGUACAUGGUCGGCACAUCGACAACAUUGCCCGAAUCGGUACAGUCUGGUCCCCCCGGGCGCGGGUCGAUUUCCCUUCGUCGUCUGUCCGAGCGGCAGAGACGAUGCAUUCGCGCUCUGCCACCUACGAUGAACUGCUAGCCUUCCUAAGCGAGAUUCAAGACUUGUGUUCCCACGCCCAGAAGCUUGCCGUCGAUUCUUCGAACAGUAGCCGCGAUACCGGCUUGAAGCCGCCCUCACAUGAAGACUCAGCCUGGCGCGUUCCGUGCACCGACCAGAUCGUGCUAGAGAGCCGACUCGUCCGCGGGGAACCCUCGACUCGUUCGCGGUAUGAAGCUACGCUACGAGGUCUUCAAGAAUGCGUCAACAAGAGAAGCAGAGAUCUCCCAUCCGAGUCUAGACCGUAUGUGGAGGCCUUGCUGCGGUGGGUCAACAAGAGAGCGUUCGUCACGGAAAAGGGGUUCGUUGGGCUCGGUCCGGAAAGCAUCAGACCCGGUGACAAGGUCGUGACUUUAGGUGGCUUUAGUGCCUGUUACGUGCUUAGGACUACGGGACAGGAUGUGGAUAUGCCAGGUGCCCUGGGUCAGCAUUCUCUGGUUGGUGAGGCAUAUGUUGAUGGACUUAUGGACGGGGAAUUGGCGCAAUCUACGUGUGAGGCUGAUGAGCUGUUCUGCUUGGGUUGA